AUGGGGCUGUACGACGAUCUCCCGGACGCGGUCGCGGUCGCGGACGCGCGCGCGGGGGCGACGGGGACGCGCGCGGAGGGGACGACGGAGACGGUGACGACGAAACGACGGCGAACGGAGACGACGGCGACGCCGACGACGACGGCGACGCUGCGACGACUCGCCCCGCACCUGGCGACGAGAGAGAAGUUCGCGAGGGCGUCGUCGAUGCUCGGUGCGGUGCUCGCGAGCGAGGGGUGCGAGCGGCGGGAUAACGCGGCGGCGUUCGAGUGCGUGCGAAACGCGAUGACGCCGACGCCGAAGCGCGCGCUGGAGCGGGCGACGAGGGUGGCGUACGAAGAGUUAUUUAAGAUUGUUGAUGCGGUCGCGCCGGUGAUUUUUAACGCCAAGCAGAGGAGGAAGGUGGAGGUGUGGCGGACGUACGCGCUGGGGGCGAACGCGCUGCACACGGACGACUCGUACGCGUUCAGUAAGGCGGUGCGGGCUAUUCAGGACAAGGUGGAGGCGCUGGAUGCGUACGUAGAUGAAGAACGGAUCGAUGUCGACGCAGAGAUUGAGGUUCCGCCCGCGCCCGAGGACGCGAGCGAGGAAGACGCGAGAGCCAUGGCGGAGGCGUUCGUGGCGGCGGUUAAAGCGGAACGCGCGGCGGAAAUAGAAGCGCGCGCGGUUGAGGACGAGCAACGAGUGGCGUACAUCGAUUGUCUCGAAGUUGCGGCAUCGUUGUAUCACCGCCCUUGGGCGCAGACGACGAUCGACAUGAUGGCAAACUUUUUCCACGAGCGACGAGACAAAUUCUCGCCGUCGAGCCGCGAGGACGUCGUUAAAAUUUGGGACGAUUUACGCAAGAAGAAGAUCGCGAGGAAGGCUGGUGGUGGCGAUGGCGGGGAUAUGACGCAGUACGAGCGCGACGCGGCGCGCGCGGCGUCGACCAAGGUAUCGGCGCGCGGCGCCGUGGGAUCGGAGCGUCUCAACGACGGCCGAGGCGAGGCGUGCGCGAAAAUGUUAGGUUAG